AUGGUAACCAAAUAUGCCAUCUCCUCCAAGGCUUGCUUCGUUGUCACUACGGAACUAAUGGAUAUCCAGUCUACCAUACCCAAAGCUGACAAGUCAACCCAGACAGGAGCUGAGACGCCUAGAGGGCGGCCUAUCAAGACCCAUCGAGGUCUCCCUGGUUUCAAUACUAUUCUUCAGUGUGGGACAACCAAGCUAGGUGAAAGCAUGUUCACAGUUCCGAACGCCCCGUCGGUUGUUUACAACACUCCUACCUACGGAAGAAUCGAUCGAAUGUUUGGCGAAACAGUUGAAAGUCCGUCACGAGUCCAAACCUUGGAGACUAUUUAUGACGUGACAGCCAAGGAAAGCGCUACUCACGUGGUAUUGAAUAAACCUGAGCAACCCAUGGACACCCCGUCCAACUCUACUCAUCCUCUACUCAUUGCGCAUGAUGCAUCUGGAACCGAUACAGUGAAGAAUCGAAAUCGGUCUCCUUUGGUGGACUUGUCAAAUGAUGUCUUCUCCUCCGGAUUUCAAGAAACGACAGAGGUAAAACAAAGAUCCGGCAGUCGAAGAAUGCUAUUUGAAAUCUUCCACGACUCAUACUUACAACCUUCUGCCACAAAACCACUCUGCCCGACAUCAAAGGUCUCUGAUACGUCAGCAGAAUCCACGCUUACGAACCCAUCUUCCUUUCAUCAGUCAGUGCCCAGGGCUACAACGGUAUCGUCGGUCGAGGUAAGCGGGAUUCCAUUGUUGAAAGAUCAAUCAACCGUUAAGCCAACGACAGUAACUUCGACAACCCCCGUUAUGUUUCCGAACGCGGACAGUAUGGACGAUACGGCCGUUUUCGAAUUGCUUGACUACCAUUUGGCACAAGCUCAGAGGAAUUCCGUGACGUCUAUAAAGUCAAGUGCACGCUUUCCUCCUGCAUUUUCUGUUGACUCACCGACACGGCUAUUUGAACGGCUGCUUGGUAAUCCUGACCCACGAACCACUCCACACAAAUGACAUUCAGCCUACGACCCUUUCUCCAGUACAUACUGUUUAUUUGUCAUCAUAAAACUAUUUUCUGCCUUUCCUACCAUUUGCGAGAACGGAAGGAACUUUAGACUUGAAUGCGAUCUCUGAUUUUCGACCUCAUUUCUCAAUUUGAUAUAGUUCAAACAUGGUUUCAGCGAGACAGUCGACUAAUCACACUAUGAGCUUUUUGCGUUGUUAUGAUUGGUUCUCGUCGAAAAGUAAACCGGCUCCAUAAACAUCGCCUGUCGCGGCCGCUCAUGCCCUGCAAAUUUCAGAAAUGCAGACGUUGCUACUUCGCAGCAUCGGAGACCGUAGAUGGAUUGUAGAUCAGUGUUCGACAACGGACCUAACCGAAGACACACGGGUAUUCAAGGAUCAUUCCUAGAACACGGCUCGAUCGACCUUCUAAGGUGUUCAUCAGUGCUACUUCGAAAUGGUGAUGUGUGUACCGAAUGUCAGCUAUAUGGACUACUAGUUGGCGGGCUGGAUUUUAGGAGACAGCAUCGAAACCUGCGGUUCUUGCUGCAGAUCAAUAAUGUAUGCAAAUCGCUGCAAUCUGACAUGUGGAGCCGGUUCACCCUACCACUGUAGCUUACCACAUUAGGGUGUGAACAAGCUGCUUUUUGAACACAUGGUUGAAACCCAAUACGUAUCAUCGGAGGUAUCCCAAUGACUGCAAACAUAUUUAUCUGGGUAGCUACAGGUUUUCAGAUGGCAGUAAUGCAAAAAAAAACUGACAAGUGGGAUCUCCAAAUUCGAUUUUUA